AGUCCAUGCAUGUUGGUCUGAGAGAGCAGUCGGCUCGACUCGCGCUCCACAUCUCUAACUCUCCUUCCUUUUGUCUCCCUAUCUCUCCUCUCUCCCUCUGUUUGUUUUUCGCCCUGCACUCUGACCAGCCCCGGCCAGUCUCUCUCCACGGCAGAGUUCAGAAUUGCACUACAAUGUCUGCGCUGGCUUCUCUGCUGUAAGCACACAAAGGUUAUGCUGCCCAAAAGCUGUCUGAGUCCCAGUGAGAAAGAGAAGGGCUAAAGCCGCACCGAUCCAACCCAGCUUUCCAGAGCCUCUCCAGCAGCGACUCCCACUGUGGAGCCAUGAGCAACCCCAAACAGAUUACUGACGCCGUGGCAUCGGUUAUUCACAGCCCAGAGGCUCCCGCCGCCUCAUCACGACACGGGACUCCGCGCCAUGACGAGGAGGAUGAUGGGGACCUGAACAAAACUUUGGGCGUCCAGCGUUUCCAGCCGAUCCUGAGCCCUGCCGCCGCCGUGCCUGAUGAACAGCACCACAGCUACCACGAGGAGGACAUCGAAUACCACCGUCACUCCUCUCACCACAUCCACCGGCCUCUGUCCAAACUGCCCUCCGAGGGACGCAGGAAGAAGAGCAGCAAGAAGAGGAGGAAGGACAAAGAUCACAAGAGCAGCCAUGUUCCCAGCAGCGGCCCCAUAGAGGAGGGAGAGGAUGAGGAGGAGGAGGAAGAAGAGGAGGCGACAGAGACCACUUCUGUUUCAGCUCCAGCUGAGUCGGAGAGAGUCAAGGAUGUGGAGUUCUUCGUUUCAGAUGACGACCAUGUGGCCAAAAGUGACAAAGACAGUCCUCACUCUGCUCGUAAGCUGGAAAUCGUGCCACAGUCUGGAGAGGGAGCAGAUACUGAGGAUGGAUCCUCCUCUGAUAAACCCUCCUCGCCCGACGCUUCCAGCCCCACUACCCAGUCGGCUCAACCUGAGCACAUCCCACUGUCCCGGGUGUCCUCCGCCAGCCGCAGCUACGAUCUGCAGGAGCGCCGGCGCACAGGCAACAUGACGGGCGCUGAGCAGGCCAAGUACCAGCGCAUCCCUACAGAUGAGAGCGAGGCUCAGACGCUGGCCUCCGCCGACCUCGACGGCAUCAAGAGCCAUCGUUUUGAAGAUGUUCCUGGCGUGCGCAGACACCUGGUCAGAAAAAGCACCAAGGGACAAGUGGUGCACAUUAACAAAGACCACAAGGAGCCGACCACUCGCAGCCGCAAGCAGGACCGAACGCCACACGAGGUGUUUGUGGAGCUGAACGAGCUGACCAUGGACAAGAACCAAGAGAUGCAGUGGAAGGAGACGGCUCGAUGGAUCAAGUUUGAGGAAGAUGUGGAGGAGGAGACGGACCGCUGGGGGAAACCUCACGUGGCCUCGCUGUCCUUCCGCAGUUUGCUGGAGCUCCGAAAGACCAUCUCGCACGGUGCAGUGCUGCUGGAUCUGGACCAGAAGACCCUGCCUGGCAUCGCCCACCAGGUGGUGGAGCAGAUGAUUAUUUCUGACCAGAUCAAAGCUGAGGACCGAGCCAAUGUCCUCAGGGCCCUGCUGCUGAAACACAGUCACCCGAGCGAUGAGAAGGAGCACAGUAGCCCUUUCCCCAGGAACAUCUCCGCCGCCAGCCUGGGCAGUCUGAUGUCACCACACCACCACAAUGCCAAUCACACACAUCAGAUGGAACCAUUAGUGACUGACCCGCUCAUGGGCACCCUCCACACCGCAGGGGACGCCGACACGCGCAUCGACAUGGAGAAGAAUGAUGUACAGCAGAAGGAGCCGACCGUGGUGUCCGGUAUGCAUCGGUCCAAAUCCAAACAUGAGCUGAAGCUGCUGGAGAAGAUUCCUGAAAAUGCAGAAGCCACUGUCGUCCUUGUGGGCAGUGUGGAUUUCCUGGAGCAGCCCACCAUGGCGUUUGUGCGGCUGCAGGAGGCGGUGGAGCUGGAGUCCGUCCUCGAGGUCCCCGUGCCGGUCAGGUUCCUCUUCGUUCUGCUGGGACCUCCCACCACCAGCAUGGACUACCACCAGAUAGGACGCUCCAUCUCCACUCUCAUGUCUGACAAGCAAUUCCACGAGGCGGCCUACCUUGCAGACGACAGGCAGGACCUGCUGAACGCCAUCAACAGCUUCCUUGACUGUAGCAUCGUGCUGCCGCCAUCAGAGAUGGGAGGCGAUGAGCUGCUGCGCUCGGUCGCUCGCUUUCAGAGGGAGAUGCUGCGCAAGAGGGAGGCUCAGGAGGUCAAGCUGUUGGCCAAGGAGCCAAAAAGCCUGGAAGAAAAAGAGGCCCUCCUCACACCGCUGAAAAAGUCGGACGACCCUCUGAGGCGCACCGGGCGCCCUUUCGGUGGGCUGAUACGAGAUGUGCAGCGUCGUUACCCAAAGUACCUCAGUGACUUCAAGGACGCCCUGAACAGCCAGUGCAUGGCCGCCGUCAUCUUUAUCUACUUCGCUGCCCUCUCUCCAGCCAUAACAUUCGGAGGCUUGCUGGGUGAGAAGACAGAGGGGCUGAUUGGUGUUUCUGAGCUGAUCGUGUCGACAGCAGUGCAGGGCGUGAUCUUCUGUUUGCUCGGAGCGCAGCCGCUGCUCGUUGUGGGUUUCUCCGGACCGCUGCUGGUAUUUGAGGAAGCCUUUUACAGUUUCUGCAAAGCAAACCACAUGGAGUACCUGACGGGCCGCGUCUGGAUCGGCUUCUGGCUCAUCGUCAUCGUGAUCGUCACAGUGGCCUUCGAGGGAAGCUUCCUGGUCCGCUUCGUCUCCCGCUUCACCCAAGAGAUCUUCUCCUUCCUCAUCUCCCUCAUCUUCAUCUGCGAGACCUUCAUCAAGCUCGGCAGGAUUUUCAAAGAGCACCCACUGAAACGUUGCUCCCUGGACAACAACACGGAAGGCGCCUCGGCAGAAAACAUCACGCUGAUGCUGAACAACAACACCCAGCCUGUGACGGUGAAGGUCACCGGCGAGCCCAACACCGCGCUGCUGUCUCUGGUUCUCAUGGCCGGAACGUUUUUCAUCGCUUUCUACCUGCGCAAGUUCAAGAACAGCGCGUUCUUUCCGGGAAGGUUUCGCAGGAUUAUUGGAGAUUUCGGCGUACCGAUCGCCAUCCUCAUCAUGGUCCUGGUGGAUUACAGCAUAAACGACACAUACACACAGAAACUGAGCGUUCCUUCAGGUUUCUCUGUGACGAGUCCCUCCAAACGCGGCUGGAUCAUCAGUCCUCUGGGUACAGACGGUGAAUUCCCCAUCUGGAUGAUGUUUGCCUGCUGCCUGCCCGCUCUGCUGGUUUUCAUCCUCAUCUUCAUGGAGACUCAGAUCACUACCCUGAUAGUGAGUAAGAAGGAGCGGAUGCUGGUGAAGGGUUCUGGUUUCCAUCUGGACCUGCUGCUGAUCGUGGUGCUGGGCGGCAGCUCGGCUCUCUUCGGCCUGCCGUGGAUGGCCGCCGCGACCGUCCGCUCGGUGACCCACGUCAACGCCCUGACUGUCAUGAGUAAGGCCGUCGCCCCCGGAGACAAGCCUCGCAUCCAGGAGGUGAAGGAGCAGAGGGUCACCGGGCUCCUGGUGGCCGUCAUGGUUGGUAUGUCGAUUGUGAUUGGCGACCUGCUGCGUCAGAUCCCUCUGGCAGUGCUGUUCGGCAUCUUCCUCUACAUGGGUGUGAUGUCACUUAAUGGUAUCCAGCUGACAGAGCGGAUGAUGCUGCUGCUCAUGCCACCAAAGUAUCACCCUGACCACACCUACGUGCGCAAGGUCCGUACGCUGCGUAUGCAUCUGUUCACCGGCAUCCAGCUGGUGUGUUUGGGGGCCCUGUGGGCUGUGAUGUCGACCCAGGCGUCGCUGGCUUUCCCCUUCGUCCUCAUCCUCACCGUCCCCGUCAAGAUGUUCCUGCUGCGCCGCAUCUUCACCACCAGAGAGAUGGCAUGUCUGGAUGCGGACGACGCAGAGCCAAAGUUUGACGAGCGUGACUGUCACGAUGAGUACUCGGAGAUGCACAUGCCCGUGUAACCCGCAACAAGCCCCCUUAUGUUACCACUCAACUCCUCUUAGCAGACACCAAAACACCUGUCAAUCACUCUGCCGACCAAUGAGUCCUUCAAACCCGAACCACUCGCAUUUUGACACCACAUCAGUGUGCAGCGCUGACGCAUGAACGCACAUCAUGUCGCAGGUCUGGUUGGUUGUUACUUUUGUCAGACUUUUUAUCAGACUGCCGGGGGCGAGGAGAAUCGAACAGAUACCGCGUGUUCACUCAUGAUAUAGUUUUUUAAAAUACAUAUUUCAGGGGACAAGAGAUUCCAAAUCAAGCGAUGUGAUCUCGAGCUGAAGAUGAAAUGCGAUUUACACUAGAGAAUAGAUUUGCAGAUUUGACCGAUUUAAUUUUUAGCCCUGAAAGGUUGCUCUGAUUCACAUUGAAUAUGUGGAGGAUAUAUGGGAUUUAUUAUUUUAUAUUAACAUUGCUGAGAUAUUUGCUGUUCAAGUUUGUCGCGCAUUAUUUUUUCUCUCCAUGUUUUAAGCUCACUAAGCGCCUUAUGAAGGAAAUAAAAAGGUAUACUGAGAGGUGUUUAUUUUCUCCUCAUUCUGUCUUAUUGUAGACAGCGAUCACUUUACCCGCCUCCUGAAAAGCUCGUAGCACUUUUUACCAAAAUCUGAACAAUGACUGUAUUUUAUGUAAUCAUUUUUAUUUGAGUAACAAGAGUUUAUUGUCCUCUUUAAAAGAAUCAGUGUUGCUUUAGUUUGCCUAUUAAAUGAAUUUCUGUGAUUGAUUUUAGCCUUUUAACCGUACAUUUUUAUUUUUUUUUUGGGUGCUGAAUUUAGAUGACAGUUGGGCUUUUAUGUCAAAUUCUGUACCUGCAGUGAAUGAAGAUCACCAGCAGAGAAAGAUUUUGCAAGACUGUACCAAAAAAAAAAAAAAAAAGCAGUACUGUACAUGAAAAUGCAAUUUCUCAUCACACUAAUGCCAGGAUAUCAUGUUCAUAACACUUUUUUUUUUUAAGAAGGAUAUUAACACAGUGGCAUAAUGAAUAUACUCUAAAUGUCUCCACGCACAUGAUUAGGGCACUAAUGUACUAAUGUAGUUUGUUUAGAGGUCUCGCUUGGUGUGGUUGAUUUAUGGGAAUCACUGUAAUUUACUUUUGUCCGAGUGCCAAAUGUCUCGUGUAAAUAGUUUUGUGGUCAGAUUAAUAAGCUGCAGUUCAGCAAUCUCACGUCUCCUAACAUUGUUGUUAGCCUAAAUUAACAAAACUUCACAGUAAAACAUUCCUUUCAUUGUCAUAAUUUCACUUUUCUUUUGGUGGUGGGGGGGUGGGGCAUCGACUAACUGUUUAAACAUUUCAUACACACUCGUGAACUCGGUCGACCAAAUUUUCCACACAAGCUGUGUAGACAAUCUCAACAAUCAUGCAUCACUGAGAGGGAAGGAUUUUAAAAACAUAUAUACAUGUGUUUUUUUUUGUUUUGUUUUGUGUCAUGUUGUAUCAGUGUGACAUAGAUUGGUUGAAGCUUUGACUGUGUCAAAUAACUUAAAUUUUCGGGCCUCUGUUACUCUCAAGUGUGUAUUUCAGACACUACUUUACCAAUCUCUGUACUGUCCCAUCUCAGCCCGACUGUCGUUGUGAUCUUGUGCCUGUUUGGUGUCACGCAAAGGUGCACAAAGUCUCAAAGUGCCUGCGGGACCACGAAGCGAUCAGCCACAAGUGUCUGUCGUGUUUGUAAGGACGACAAGCAUGUUACAAUAGUUUGCACUUUGGAGACACUCAUGAAUCAGACAUCUCUGCAUUAUUUAUCUGUCGCAAUAUGAGGGAUUAUUGCUGUUUUUGAAGAUUUUAUUUGGUCACAGAAGCUUUCGGCUGCAUCACGGCCACGGGCGAUGAAAUUUGGGAGGGUAGAUGAGAAGCACAGUGUCAGUUUUAUGUUUGCUCAUCGUGCCUGUGGAUGGAGUGAAGGUUCAGUGUGUGUAUGCCAAAGUAUCUGUCAAAUCCGUGAAUUGCUGAUACAAUAUGUUGUUCCGUUUCAAGCAAUACAAAGUCCGAGAGGAUGUUGCUGAUGUUCCCGUGUACAUUAAUGGUUGAAAUAUUGAUGACAAAUAAAAAAAGGUUAUUUUCUAUUUA